AUGCACAGGCACCCACACAUUGGGCUGGGCGUCCUGGACUUAGCGAACCCCGCUCGUCUGGCCCUUGAAACCACAAACGAGGGGUGGUCUUCGUUAGCCGCUGUUAGAGACGUUUGCAGCGUUUCCGAGAGAAUCACGAUCCCAGAUGUCCACAUUGUACCACGGAAGACGAGGCAGUUGAACACAUUGUCUAUGAUUGCAGGGUGCUCAAAAACACAUUCGAAGGUACGACUAGUCUUGAAACUAAUAAAACUGGUGCAUGCGGGGGUCUCUCGCUUUGUACGGAAACAAGCGAACCCAGAACACUGCCAGAUACCUGGACCUUGCUGUAAGGGAUUAAUCCCAGUACGGAGCCUUAGUGCAUGGAGAAUUACAAAUGGUUCAAGCCAGCCCGCCACUAUUGCUGCCGUCCUGCCGGUGCUUAGGCAAAAACUGGAGAGGACAAAGAAGGUUGCUGCCGACGAUACAAAUCUAUCAUCACAGUCAGAGUCUACACUGAUCAGACAGCUGACAGAUCUCUUACUGUACAGACUCAGUCAGCCCAACAAUGCUGAGAAGAUUCUCUUUACUGAGUCAUGUGACACUGUAGCCUCCAUGACUACAUCAGAGACUACAUCAAUACGCAAGUUAAGACCCGCGGAAAGUGAACUCGCUUGUACAGACUACAGCUGCCAAACGGGAAUUAACCCUGACCCAGGAGCCCGAAUAAAAAACAUGGUGACGUCCCCUAAUCUCAGCCUCACAACUGACCAGAGAGAGAUAAUUCUGACCAUGGGAAAGACAAUACCGGAGAGUGACGUCAUCAUCCUGUCGGCCAGCUCAGAAAACCAUUAUGAUGAGAUGCAGGCCAUGUUCCAGAACUUACACACCGUAGUCUACCCUAACAUGGCGAAUUUCACUAUGGUUUUAUUUGACAUAGGACUUACCAAGGAACAGAGGAGCACGACAGAAAGAAACUGUAAAUGUCACGUGGUCACAUUCCCAGUUCAUUUAUUUAAAGCAUACAUGAAGAAUAAUUUUUGUUAUGCCUGGAAACCUUUGAUUGUACUGGCCUCCAUAGUUAAAGCCAGAAAAUAUCUAGUCUACCAGGACGCUUCAGUCAGGUGGUUGAAUGACUUUUAUAUCACAUUUGACAGAACAAAUAAAUACGGUCAUCAGAUGUUCCGUUACAGAAAUUCUAUCCGGUCAACACUUAACACUUAUCCACAGAUGUUCCAGUUUAUGGAUGAAGAUCCCUGCACGUUCACGCCUUACCCAGAGUUCCAUGCUACCUCAAUGCUACACAAAAAUGACCAACUUGUCAUCAAAACAGUCCUGGAGCCUUGGGCUCGUUGUGCCUUAGAAGAAACAUGUAUGUGCCCCGUAGAGCCGAGCAAGUCCAUAGUCUGUAAACGUGACAGCUUUAUACAGCAUCGCUGUCACAGAUUUGAUCAAUCGGCCAUAACUCUCAUCAUGGGGAAAAUGUAUGGAGAUGACAUUUAUAGAUUUCUCGCCCCUGCCGGUGACACAGUCGGAAAAAAGUGUGUUAAAUUUACCGCAGAUAAAAAUCCAAAUUAUUUCAAAAACUGAUGAAGAAACCCAUGGAACAAAUAAUUUAUAGAGCUGGAACUCAUUUGUUUUAAGUUGUGUCCACUCUCUCGUUUGUAUAAUUAAUUAAUCUAAUCUAACAAUGUGAUAUUGGAGUGGGAUUCAUUGGUUUCGCCCACCAUCAUAGCGUUUCUGCGACACAAAUGUAACAAUUCAUGAUAUAUUAAUUAUAUAGGUAUUUACUAUCAUGGAUGCGAAAGAAAAUAUAGAUGGUAGAGUAGAAAGCUAUGAUGAUUGAUAAGGCUGAGGCUCUGUUCAGACCUGCUUUGAAAGGGUACAUGAAUUUUUCAAACUACGUGUUGACAUGUGCACAACUGCUUUUAUUGGGUGAAGCUAUUAUCAAAAAGUCAAGGACAGGGGCAUAAAUCAUGAUGUGGCUGACAUUUGUGUGUGUGUGUGUGUGUGUGUAGAAAGUAAUUUCAGUGAAAAACAAAGUGAACAUACCUGCAUUGAAAACUUUGGCAGACAAUUUUUAUCACGUAACUUUUGAUUCAGUAAGCAGAAGGCAACACUUUAUAUUUGCUCUGGUCACACGUUUGCUGUAUACAAUUUUAAUUAUUAAGGCAAUAACUUAUCUUCUGACAGCUUAAAGGUACAGAUUAAUUUAUAAUGUAAACAGUAGUAUCACAUUAAGAAGUGAAUCGGGUACACCAUUCCCCGGUACCGAAAGGCCUACACUUCAUGAUCAUAACAUUGGCCUAGGUCUAGUAAUUUUUAGAUUAAACGUGUAAAGUCAUACGAAUUGUAGUCUACAACUAGAUUCUUUAUCAAGAUUCUAGAUCUAGUUCUAGAUCUAAUCUAGAUCUACUAGUUCUAGAUAUAAACUUAAAGAUCUAGAACUAGGUCUAGAUCUAGCUGGAUCGAGAACUUGUUUGUAUGACAGAUGGCAAUGGAGAUAUUAUUUUUUAUUUAAGAGGGACAGUCUUGUCCAAGUCAGUUCCAAGCUAGCUCACUACCUAAACCUAAAGCAGGUCAAAACUUUUUGUGGGUGUUAUCAGUUUAUCUAAUUUUAUAAGAAGAAUAAAUCUUUUUAAGUUUCUCUUUAUUACAUGUAACAUGUUAUUAAUUUUGAAUGCAUGGAUAAUAAUAAUAAUUAUUAUUUUAAAAAUAUAAGUGUACGCUAAAUGAAUAUAUGGAGAUGCUGUGGCUGAGGGGUAAAGCACUUGGAACCGUAAGUCCCGUGUUCGAAUCCUGCUGAAGACUCUUGGUGGACCACUUCGGGGGCCGAUUUUGAGUUUGUGUUUCCACACAAACUGUCUUGUAGCCUUGUUAUUGUAUUUAAAUUCUGAUGCACCCAUGUUUUCCAUAAUGAGCAUACAUUGUUAGAGGACAUUCUAGAAGGUAGAUGUUUCUCUUCAGAAUACCAAUUGACAUACGGCCACUCCAUUCUAUUCGUUGAUAUUUGUAUGGUUCUUACUAAAGGUCCUUUUUUAUUGUCCUCUAUACUCCCAACAUUGCCGGGUUUAAUUACUACUCUAUUGCAUCUUUGCCGGGUUUAAUUACUACACUACUGCCUCUUUGCCGGGUUUAAUUACUACACUAUUGCAUCUUUGCCGGGUUUAAUUACUACUCUAUUGCAUCUUUGCCUGUUUUUAAUUACUACACUACUGCCUCUUUGCCGGGUUUUAUUACUACACUAUUGCAUCUUGUAUAUGAAUUAUCAUUAGAGUUUUGUUUCCUUACAUUUUCAUAUGAUCUAUUCUCCCUGAAGAACGGUUGAGAUUAUAGUGUAUAGAGUAGACAUAGAGACUGCAGAUGAUUUCUGGGUUUUUUUUCAACAUUAUUAUAUAAAUUGUUUUAUGUGGGGUUUGUUUUUUAAUGUUUUUUUUUAAUUCUACUCAGUUUUUGUUAAGGUUUCAUGGUAAAUUGGAAGAAAGAGCCAGAGAGAGAGAGAGAGAAAGAGAAAAAGAAAGAAUGAGAGAAAAAGAGAGAGAGAGAGAGAGAAAGAGAGAGAAAGAGAAAGAGAGAAAUAGAGAGAAAGAAAGAGAGAAAGGGAGAAAGAGAAAGAGAGAGAGAGGGAGAAAGAGAAAGAGAGAUAAAGAGAAAGAGAGAGAGAGAGGGAGAAAGAGAGAGAGAGAAAGGGAAAGAGAGAGAAAGAAUGAGAGAGAGGGGGAGAAAGAGAAAUUGAGAGAGAAAGAGAAAGAGAGAGAGAGGGAGAGAGAGGGAGAAAGAGAAAAAGAGAGAGAAAGAAUGAGAGAGAGAGGGAGAAAGAGAAAGAAGGAGAGAAAGAGAGAGAGGGAGAAAGAGAAAGAGAGAGAGAAAGAAUGAGACAAAGAGAGAGGGAGAAAGAGAAAGAGGGAGAAAGAGAAAGAGAGAGAGGGAGAAAGAGAGAGAGAGAAAGGGAAAGAGAGAGAAAGAAUGGGAGAGAGAGGGAGAAAGAGAAAUUGAGAAAGAGAGAGAGAAAGAGAGAGAGGGAGAGAGAGAAAAAGAGAAAAAGAGAGAGAAAGAAUGAGAGAAAGAGAGAGAGGGAGAAAGAGAGAGAGGGGGAAAAAUAGAAAGCGAGAGGGAGAAAGAGAGAGAAAGAGAAAGAGAGAGAAAGAAUGGGAGAGAGUAAAUGAAUGGAUGAAUGAAAAAAUUAUUAUUAUUGCUGACAUUGUGUUCGUGUGUUUAUUGACAAUAUGUAGAGCAUUGUAGAGCUAUUCCCCUUGGCACGACUCCAUGAGGGUUCAAUUUGUAUUGUUAUGUAACGGGUGUUUUAUAUGAGUGUUAUUAAAGAGAUUCAUGAUUCAGGCAUUAUAGAGUUGAUGUUAUUUAUUUGUACCUAAUGGGUCAUAUUUAAGUUAACCCGAGAUACUACAAUGUUGUUGUUUGUUGAACAUCUUGUAACAAUGAUGACAUGGACGAGUAUUCAUUAAUUGAAUGGAUGACUCUAGCUGAGCCAGUGGUGUAGCUGGCGUGAAUGGGCGAGGGGAGGUCCCAAUUUGAAAGUCCCCACUUGAGGAGGGGCCUCCAGAUGAAUGUACUAAAUUUUUUUUUCUUUUUUACUUUAAAUAAUAAAUAUUACGCCACUGCCAUGAAAUCUUGCUAUUCACCUCAAUAAUACCUGACAACAUUGCUCUUGAUUAUAUUCUAGAACUAGAUGAUGUCAUAGUUGCCUUUGCUGCACAGAACGCACGACGUGAUCGUAACUAUUAGUUUGGCGUGGUAUGGGUAUUAGACUUAGACUGCUCACCAAAUGUAGAAACGUGUAUUGCUACCAACGUGGCAAAUGCUGGGUGCGUGCGUCCUGGAGUUACACUUGGCUCGUAACAAACAUAGAUAAUACAUAUUGACUUGAGUCCAACUUUAGCAGACAAAAAUGACGUUUAUUCAAUAACAACAAUAUACCGCAACUUCGUAGUACGUACACAAAGAUAAUCCAAUGCAUCACAGAGGUAUCAAACAUACAAAGUCCUUUAGAUUAGGUAUAUAUGCUGUCUUACUAUUUAACUCACGUCUGCAUCACUCUGCGGGUAACAAAAUAUGCGUACAUCUCCAAGUACAAAAAAGGAAUACUAAACUAUCCGUACUCUCUCAAGUCCCAGAGACGACUGUUAGGAAAAAUAUGUGUACUACCAACCAUAUCCCAUAAACGACUGCUACUGAAAUAUGUGUACUAUCUCAAAUCCCCAAAACGGCUAAUACUGACCAAACGUGAAUUUAGUCAUCUCUUUCCUCUUUCUAUGUCAAGGGUUUCUCGUGACUUUUCAUCUUCUUGACCCGAGGUGAAGGAAUAACAGUUACUGUCAAGCGAGACUGUGACAGAGAGGCGAUAGGAAUUGAAAUUUGACACUCGUGCUUCUCACGCCAAUAAACAACGGUACUAUUCUUUAA